CGCCCACCUAACAGUGUUACCGAAUACUCACGAUCGACCCCUCCUCUGAUUGUACCACUUCCGUUACCAGGAGGAAAUACCCAACUCGACAUCUUCCUCUCGAUAUGCGACAUCAAUAACGCCGGCCACGAUUCAGCUUUACUUAUCAAAGGUACUGCUUGUACCGACUGCGAGUUGACUCCAAAUGGUGCGGAGAUCAACUACGUCAAAUAGACGACUACGCUCCAGCGAGGAGAGUAAGCAUAUACCUCUACUAUACCUGCAUCUGGCACAGCCUCGGGAACAUUCAUAUAUUUUGUCGCGCCUGAAGAAACGACCACCACUGCCCUUCGAGCAACCAACCUCGACUGACGCUACAACUACGACUUAUGAGUCAACGGAGACAACCACGACUGAUUCAACAACUGCCACCGCAACAACGACUAGUGGUGAGAUCAAGAGCACCUCUGCAGAGGCAGCGGUUACAACCAAAACAACAGCUAAGGAACCAACUACUACUGCCGAAAGUACCUCGACAGAAGAGCCAACAACUGCUAGCCAAUCCACUGACACCAACACGUCAACUGAGCUGGGCACUACCGUUGAGGACACAACCACAAGUGACUACUCAUCCACCACCACGGUUGAUGAACUCACGACCAGCUCAACAAAUGUCUCGAUAGUCAGCACCGUUACCACCACCGAUGCCACUGCCGUUGUCACUACAGAUACCGCAUCCACUGUCGCUACUGAUAGCGCGAGCCAACCAACAACUGCAACUCUGAGAGAAUCAACCACUGUCGCGUUGACCAGCAGCACGGUAGUGACUACUUCCGAGGAGUCUGUACUCCAAUCAGAUACAACGACUACCAUGUCGAGCGACUCAAAUACCGCCAGCUGGAGUUCAUCCGAGACAUCUAGUACAUCUUCUGGUUAUUCGAACCAAGCUACAACUUCUCGUGCCUCGUCUUCGAGUGAGACUUCACUCCCACUCUCUUCAACUGAGAUCUCUUCGACCGAAAUUUCUUCCACUGCGGCCGUUUCUCAGGAAACUUCACAGACUCUUACAACCCAUUCUGAACCAUACACCACUUCUACAUCUUCUCUCAUAUUUUCCACUUCUGCAAGCGGUUCCAUCGAUUCGAGCUCCAUUUCCGUUUCAACACCGGCCAGCACCAUCAGUACGGGCUCACAAGGAUCCUCAUCUGCAGGCUCUACAGAGCUAGUUUUUACAAAGCCAAGUUCCAGUCAAACCACGGUGUACUCAGUACCUUACAACUCCGGUAAGCCAGGACAGAGCCUCGGUGAUGCAACGACAGUAACAACCAUCACGUACACUAUUGUCAAUCCUUACAAACCCUCCGAGUUGACGGUCACUGAGUACUGCUCCACUUUGUCGUAUCAACCAUGCACUCGUUGUGCCCACCAGCCAAUUCCCUCGGUUUCCAUGACUACACAAGUCGUUCCUUGCAACGGAUGCGGGAAGCAGGGAGAGAACGAGGUUACUGUUACAGUGCCUUGUGCAGCCGCCACAUAACCGUCCUCUAAUGAUCACCCCUACAAGAAGCCCAAGCUGCCGAAGCCACAAGGUUCCCAUCAGUCGGAAUCUCUAGUUCAGUAUGCCAAGCCAACAUCGGUCGGAAACCACGCUGUGCCUGGCUUCAACGGAACACUCACCACGGCCAUCAGACAUGCUCGACCUACGGCUUACGGCAAUGGAGAUUCUGAUGCACACCACUACAACAAUCCUACUAAUGGUACUCCUGAUCAACAGCAAGAUCACCACGAACCGAGCAGCCCCGAGGUCACCAGCAUGAACUAUGGAAACCCAUCACUUCCUUCCUCCUAUUCAGCUAGCACACCAACCCACCACA